AAGGUCAAAAUUCAAAUUUCUAGCAUGUAGCAGCUCAGGGAUGUUGACAAUUUUCUUUUCUCAAUAUUGGAGAUUCGUACUGGUAACUCUGCUCAUGAGUUAAUGUGUGAAGUAGACAGAAUGUAUUUUGGCCUAUUCUUGGGAUAGAGAUUUCUGAUGUAACUCUGUUCCUGUUGAGAAACGUUUUCUUUCACUUUUCAGAUGUUACCCUAUUUCCACAAUUUUAUUUCAUUGCGUCAUAAAGGGUCUAAUGGUACAAGAUAACUUCCAGUUCAGCGAUUUCCCCCCUUCUUUUUACUUUCCAAGUGUUUUUCACGUAGGCCUAGACUUUUUUCCAAUGACAUUUUCACUAUAAAAAUAAACUGACUGAAAAUUGCACAUGUGGUGCAUUCAAGUGAUAAUUCUUCUGAUUUUGUUUUAAUCUUCCUUUCAAUUAACAGUUUCAUGGGAUAUAAUUUCUUAUUCUGCUAUGUACUGCUGGUGCAAUUGCAGAUAUCAGAAGUUGUUAAUAGCAUGAAAGAUUUGAUUGACUACAGCAGAGAGACAAGGACAGGGCCUAUGGAGAGCUUGGCUAAGUUUCCUCGUAGGAAUGGUUCAUCGGUUGGGGUACAUGAUCCAGCUCAACCAUCUGAGGAUCAGUCUCAGCAGCAGCCACAGUUACAGUCUCAGCAGCAGCAACAGCAACAACAGACGGCCAGUCAGAACUCAAACCACGACAGCUCUGUCCAGGCUGGUGCAAUGCAACUUGCUUCCAGUAAUGGGAUUCCAAGUGUAAACAACUCUUUGAACCCAGCAUCUGUUACUUCGUCUAGUAGUUCUGUUGUUCGGCUAUUGCAUCAAAAUUCCAUGACCUCUAGGCAACAGACCCCAAUGAAUGGUGUGAACAGCCCUUAUGCAGGAAAUGGUGUGAAUAGCCCCUAUGCGGGAAAUGCUGUUCAAAUGCCUUCACCAAGUUCUUCAAAUACAAUGCCACAAUCUCAACCAAACCCGUCUACGUUCCAAUCCCCAACACCGUGUUCAUCAAGCAAUCCACCACAAACUUCUCAUGGUGGCUUAUCAUCAGGACCACAUGUGAAUUCUGCCAAUUCCCCGAAUAUUUCAGUUCAUCAACCCACUCUUUCAGGUGAUAUUGAUGCUAAUGACUCUCAAAGUUCUGUACAAAAGAUCAUACAUGAUAUGAUGAUGUCUUCCCAACUUGGUGGAGGUGGCCUUGUAGGUGGUGGUACCAUGGUGAAUGAUAUUAAAAGUGUAAAUGGUAUGAUAGCAACUGCUAAUAAUUCCAUUCUUAAUGGAAGCAGCUGCCUUGUUGGGAAUGGGACAGCAAAUGCUAAUAUAGGUAUGGGUCCAGGAUAUGGCAACAUGGGCAACGGACUGAGCCAGGCUGCAAUGGCCAAUGGAAUUCGGGCUGCAUUAGGUAAUAAUUCCGUGGCUAUGAAUGGAAGAGUAGGCAUGCCAAUGUCACGAGAGCAAAGUAUGAGUCAACAGCAACAAGAUUUGGGAAACCAAUUACUUAGUGGUCUAGGAGCAGUCAAUGGUUUCAAUAACCUUCAGUUUGACUGGAAAACAUCUCCCUAAAGGUUUCGACUUUGCUGUAGCUAAGAAGGUAUGAACAAGGUGACAAAAUCCUUCUUGUGGAUGUAAUUGCUUAUUUGGUCCUCAUGCCACUGCUUUGUGCUACAAAGUUAACGUGAGUUUGCCUUGCAAGCUGGGAGCAGAUAUGGUUCCUGAAGAGAUCAUUUCAGGGCUUGCUUCCGUUGUACUGAUUUGCGAGAGAAGCAAAAUAUGUAGCACAGUAAUUUCAAGGUUGAAAUGUUACAUCACCUGAGGUCGCAUAGAUUCUUCUAACUUGAUUUUGUCUGGUUUAUCACAGCUACAUAUUUGCACUAAUAGCCUUGAAUAGGACAUUCCAGGAGUGACUUGGCGAACACUUGUACCCUUUCAAGGCAUUUGUAAACUACCGAUUCUGAUGAGAGCUUGCCCAUCUUGUGCUGUACCUCUGUCACCACUCCGGAACAUGAGUGUAUAUAGUCUGGAUUGUGGGAGGAAUUUUUAUUAUAGAACUUUCAGGAGCUGGUAGAAUUGACUUACCGCUUGUUCCAUGGGUAAUGUGUCUAAUGCAAUCACUUCAUUUCUCUUCUUCCCGACUCCUACUAUGUUUUUAUAUCAAUAACAGUUUUGAUUAUUGUG